CCAGGCGCGGACUUUGAGUUGAAACUGUCGCUGGGGCGUCAUGGUGCGGCCGGGGCCCUCCGCCGCCGCCGAAGAGCGGCAGAGAAAGCUGCAGGAGUACCUAGCAGCCAAGGGAAAGCUGAAGUGCCAAAACACCAAGCCUUAUCUAAAAACCAAGAAUAAUUGCCCAAAUCCUCCACCUUCUAAAUCUACUAUUAGACCCAAAAAGGAUGUUACCAACCAUGUUGCUUUGCCUGUCAAACCUACAAGACCCAUCAGCACUGAACUUCGGUUCAGAACUGCCAAUAUCACAAGGUCCCAGAGGCCACAGUUGGAGCCACCAAAACUUCUGGGCAAAAGGCUGACUUCAGGAUAUGUUUCUUCUAACCCAAACUGUAAGCGUUCCAGCAAUAGUCAACAACAGUGUGGAUUUGGAUCAUCCACUACUGGCGAACUAUCAAGAAAAGCCAUGGGGUCACUUAAUAUACAGGAAUUGAAAACUACAAAGCAGCAGGUAACAGAUCGAGGGGAUGCUAAACACACAGACUCCGUGGCUAACACCCAUGUUGGAAAUGAAUCUGUAGAUAGUUGUCAAGAAGAGAUAAACAAAGAGAACUUGUCCCAAACCUCACCAGACUCUGAGAGGGGGCCAAAUGCUGAAUUAUGGGUGAAAAGUAAGCCAAAAACUGACUCUUAUAAUCCAACCAAGAGCAGUUUGGCUCCAACAAAACAAGCCUUGAACAAAAGUUCAGUGAAUAGUGCUGUUCUGAAAAAAACAGUUAAUAAACGAUUUAUUGGAGAAACACAAAUCCGAAUUCCACCACUGAAGUCACAACAACUCUCCAGAGGAAAAGAUCUUGCAAGACCAGGUGCAAAACCGGCAAAAACCGUUCCCUCUCACUUUGUUCAGACAGUUAAUAGGACUCAAGCAUCAAAGAAACCAGCGGUCAAGGACAUAAAGAAUAUAAAGGUUAAGAUGGGUAAAUAUGAAAGAUCAAAUGAAACUCAGUUACAAUCAUGCACAGUUACCGAACAGGAAGUAAAACGUACCAAGCCCAGGACACACCCCAGUGUGCUUCAGGGAGGAUGUAGCAACAGAAAUCCAAACGUUAAGCGAGAUCGUAAACCCACUCAAGCCUGUUUUAGACCUCAGACGUCAUGUGUUCUGCAAAAAUCCAAAGCCAUGAGCCAAAGACCUAAGUUGACAGUUGGUAGCUUCAAUUCAGCCAUUCCAAGCACCCCUCGCACAAGAGCCAACGGAGGAGCCAAUGGGAACAAAUUCAACAACAGCUGUCAACAAAAAGCGCGGACUUUGGACUCCAAGCUGAAGAGGACCCUUCCCCAGAGCUAUUUUCUAAACAAGACAGCUCCCAAAACGCAAGCUGGUCGCACAGCCGUAAAUGGAAGAGGAGCCUCAGGUGGGACCCAGACUAAUCCAAAUACAAAGAAGACCACAGCGGAGGAUCGAAGCAGGAAGCAGUUGGAAGAAUGGCAGAAAUCUAAGGGGAAAAUCUAUAAACGGCCUCCCAUGGAACUUAAAACAAAAAGAAAAAUAAUAGAGGAAAUGAAUAUUUCGUUCUGGAAGAGUAUGGAAAAAGAAGAGGAAGAAAAGAAAGCGCAACUUGAGCUGUCCAGUAAGAUCGACAAGACUCUGGCAGAAUGUGUGCAACUCAUUGAAGGGGGUGUGCUUUCUAAUGAAGUAUUUGCCAUAUUGUCCAGUAUUCCCGAGGCUGAAAAAUUUGCUAAAUUCUGGAUCUGCAAAGCGAAGUUGCUGGCGAGUAAAGGCACCUUUGAUGUUAUCGCGCUGUACGAAGAGGCCAUUAGAAAUGGGGCCACACCAAUACAAGAGUUGCGGGAAGUUGUUCUUAACAUUUUGCAAGAUCCAAAGAGAACCACAGAAGGGAUUACCUCUGACUCUUUAGUUGCUGAAACUAAUAUAGCAUCAAUAGAAGAGCUGGCCAAGAAGAUGGAGUCUGGGAAGUCUUGUCUUUCCCCAAAGAAGAGGGAACAGGUUACAGCAACACCUCAGAUAACCAAGACAGAACAGAAUAAUCAUUAUGGUAUCAAAUUACAGAUCGCCCCAAUCCCUAGGGUGAGCGGAAUGCCGGAAGUGCAAGACAUGAAACUCAUCACCCCCGUGCGGCGCUCCACGAGGAUCGAGCGAGCGGUGUCCCGCUACCCGGAGAUGCUGCAGGAACACGACUUAGUCGUGGCUUCUCUCAGUGAGCUCUUAGAAGUGGAAGACACAGAGUGUUUUAUAUUCCGCAAAAAUGAGGCUUUGCCGGUAACAUUAGGGUUUCAAAUCCCUGAAUCAUAAUUCCUUGAUGCUUAAAAAAAAGAGAGACAUUUCAGAGCCUCCAUGAGACAAGAAGUGCACUUACCCGGGAGACCUGGAGGACUGUGUAAUGGAGAGGCAGCCCGGGUGCGGACUGUGGGCUCCCGGCACUUAGAAAGGAAUUCACUGGGCUUACUCUCAAAUUUUAUAUCCCCACAGGAAAGUUUGAUUUGUUUAAGACUAAUUUGCUGCAGUUUUACAGCACACAGAAAUUUCAAACUACUGGAUAUUUACCCCACAACUACGGUAAAAAGUCUGAACUUUAUUGACCUACCUUAGUCCCAACACAUUUUUUGUAUCAGCAGGUCAGUUCUGCAAUACGAUUGACCUGCAUCCACUUAGCACCCCUCCUCCUCCCGGCGUGGAAGAUCUGAGCUUAGGAACUAGCCUUCCCCGCCAGAAGGGAUGUGACAGACCAUCUGGUCAAGCCCCCUCGUCUUACAGAUGAGUUUAUACUAGUUAGGCCUCUGCUCCGAGAUCACAGAUGACUUUCAUGUGUGAUCCUUGACCUCCGUCACAGAAACCUGUAAGUGAGGGGGUAAUUCAUGUCCUUUCUGUGCCUGGUCUCCUGUCAUGAAACACAAUUCUGCACUGGGGUGGUCAUCCAGCUUUUUAUAUUCAAACCUAAUUUUGCAGUUAUUAUUCAGAAAUGCUUCAAAUAAACACAAAAGGGAGCAGCAGAGAGGGGUGGGGAGAGGACCCUUGCCUCUUCGGGUCAAUUCCUUGCUCUGCUAGGGGACACCUGGCCUAAGAAGACAGUCUAGGCCCCACUAUUAUAGGUUGCCUUUCCUCCUUCUGGGCAACUGCUCUUGGAAAGGUAAAAUCAGAACCGUUCUGUAAAUAGAAUGUAUAGAAAAACCUAGGCAGCAUAUUUUAAAUUUUAGUUUUCUUCAUAUUUAUGUAUUAUCUUAAAAAAAACAUUAAAUUUUAUUCAU